ACCCGCAGACGCCGCAAACACCUCCCGCUGUUAUCCAAAGUAUACUCCACUCCUCCGGCGCCCCAAGGUCGACGGCCGCCUCCGACCGCUCGCCGUCGCGACUCCUUCCUCCCCAUGCGGCGUCCUCGGGCGAUUCGAUGACCAUAGCAUGUGGUUUCUCUCGCUUCCUCAACACGCGCGUGCAUUCAUCCACUAACCGCGUCCUCAGCCUCUGGUUCGCCUCCUGUCCCUGCUCGUCCGCCUCCGCCUCCGCCUCCGCCUUCUCCUCGGAGCCGCCGGAGACAGGCGCGUCCCCGGAGACCGUCAGGGAAGGGCGGGCGGAGAUAUUUGCGGACAAGUCCAAUUCGGUCUUUUUCAACAAGGCUCAGGUUAACAACAGAGACCUUUCCAUUGCUGUCUUGAGAUGGUUUAUUUCGAAAAGACGGGAAGAACAUGAUAUCCAAUUAAAAGGCAGGCAUGCUGAAAUACCACAGGAGCAGCAUGCUGAAAUACCACAGGAGCAGCAUGCCGAUGGAUUAGACCCGGCUACCACAGGAUCUGAAGACUCUGUAUUGAGAGAGGAAUCGAGCCUUAAAGCACCUAAAGUUCUUGAGGCUUUGGCUGCAUCAGGGUUAAGAGCUAUCCGAUACGCACUUGAGGUGGAUGGAAUUGGGGAAGUUAUAGCUCUUGACAAUAAUGAUGUAGCUAUAGAAUCCUGUAAAAGGAAUAUCUACCACAAUGGCAUUCUUGCUUCUUCGAAGGUCGUGCCACAUCUUGCUGAUGCUCGCAUUUUCAUGCUCACUCACCCGAAAGAAUUCGAUGUGGUUGAUCUUGAUCCUUAUGGAUCACCAGCUGCAUUCCUUGAUUCAGCAGUUCAAUGUGUUGCAGAUGGUGGUAUGUUGAUGUGCUCAGCUACAGACAUGGCAGUGCUUGCUGGGGGCAAUGCAGAAGUUUGUUUUUCCAAAUAUGGUUCUUAUCCAGUAAGAGGCAAAUACCGCCAUGAGAUGGCCUUGAGGAUUCUUCUUGCCUGCAUAGAGUCACAUGCGAUCCGCCACAAGCGCUAUAUAGUUCCUGUCAUAUCAGUGCACAUGGAUUUCUACAUUAGGGUUUUUGUGCGAAUCUUCACGUCGGCUAGCACGGUGAAAAGCUCACCUCUUAAAUUUUCACAUGUAUAUCAAUGUGUUGGAUGCAAUUCAUUUCACUUACAAAAUGUUGGAAGAAUAAACUCAAAGGAUAAGAGGAAUAUUCCUCUACCAAAUUUUUGCCCUACUGUGCCUCAAGAGUGUUCUGAAUGUGGUGGUAAAUUUGUUAUGGGGGGGCCUAUAUGGAGUGAUCCAAUACAUGACAAGGAUUGGGCUGCUUCCAUUUUAUCAAAUAUCCGAGCAAUGAGUGGUUUAUAUCAAGCUUAUGCAAAAAUUUCAGCUAUAUUAACGUCAGUAUCACAGGAAUUGCCCAAUGCACCUUUAUUUGUCAGUCUUCACAGUAUAUGUGCAACAUUGAAGUGCACAAACCCAACUAUGGUUAUGUUUCAUUCAGCUAUAAGAAAUGCUGGGUAUCAAAUAUCGGGUAGCCAUGCGGAUCCGCUAGCUCUGAAAACAGAUGCGCCAAUGUCUGUAAUUUGGGACAUCAUGCGAUGUUGGGUCAAGCUUCACCCGGUAAAAACUCAACCCGAGAAUCUUCCAGGUAGCAGGAUACUUUCCCAAGAGCCUCAAUUGCAGGCAUCGUUCUCUCAAGCAACUGAGGGUUUAGUCGCACGGAAGAGCCCAAGAUUUCUGCCUAAUCCUGAAAAACACUGGGGUCCAAAGAUGAAGGCCGGUAGACCACUAAAGAUACUUCCCAUUGACAAACUGUAAUUUCCUUUUACAGCCGUGCCCACACUUGCUCCCCCCGUGCGAUCGGUUUCAUGCCAUGGUGUGAACCGUAACCACCUUGUUGAACCAGAGGCCCAUGAAGAGGUUGGUGGAAGGGGUAUGUGAUCCAUCACAAUAACUGAUAAUGCCUGGUCUGCUUUUGGUUUUUCUGAGCGGAAGGGGUUUCCUGCUGAUUUACAUUGUGAAAACCAUAGCAAUUUGAAUGUCUGCUCUGUAAAUAUGACAAUUUUCUUUGCUCCCCUUCGAGCUCGUCCUGAGAUUUUCUAUCAAGUGAACUAAUGGACAGACAUCUAUGUUGCAUACUAGUGAGAGCACAGAUGGGGUUUGAUGCAAGGAAACACUGGCAAAGAGGAGAAAAUGGCAAAUGUAAAAUACAAUUGGUGUUGGUUAAUUCACAAAAGGGUUUAUGUUCUCUCCAAA